AAUUUGGAAAAAAUAUGAACGAACUUAAUUGGACUGGUAAAGUGAUUGAAUAUUUAAGUGGAAAAAUUACGAAUAUUUAUCUUAAAAAAUUUCCCAAAUUGUAUCAUUUAUGUUAUGAUCCAAUUGGAAUACAUAAAAAAACUCGUAUGACCAUUGGUUUUUUUAUGGGCUUUAUUAUGGGAUUUUGUUUCUAUGAAUUUGUUAUUGUUGAUCUUCAAUUUGAUGAAUUAACUAGUUUAAUUUUUGGAGCUCUUAUAAUAAUAAUGCUUUCAUUUGGAUUUGCUGUUUCAAUUCAGGCGAGAUGCAUUGGUCUAUUGACAAUUCCGGCAUUUUUUGGACGUUCAGGUCGAAGUGUACUGAAAGCUCUUGUUUUUGGCUACGUAAUAGCGGGUCCAAUUUUUAAUUUAACAUUAAAUGGAAAAGAAGUGGUUAGAACUUUUUCUUGUACAAAUCAACUCACACAAAAUAUGUCAAAGACAAGAUACAAUUUAAUGGUCCAGCCGUUUAAACAAGCUCUGAUGAGUAUGAAAACAGACGCUGAGGAGAUAAAAGACACAUUGUCAUCGGUAAAAGAAUUGAUAAGUCCAAUUGUUGAGGAAAUUGAAGGCGAAGAUGAAAUGCAACGACUCAAAGAGGAAAAUGAUUAUUUAGAUGAAUUACAAAAUGAUACAAAGAGAAGCGAUGAAAUUGAACAAAAACGUUUGAAAGCAAAAUUAGAAGCAAAAUCGGAAGGUGAUAUUUAUGAAGCGAAUUAUAAGGCAAAAAUUGAAACUCGUUGCGAGGAUCAAUUGAGUCGUGGUAGCGAAAAUUGUCGAAAAAUGUUUGCCGAUGCCUAUGAUAAAUGCUACAUAAAAGUAUCGGCAGCUGCAGCUUGGCUUCUUUGUUGGCCAAUGAAAUUGACUUUUAUCUGUAACAUUGUCCAAGCACUCGGUGGUCCAAAUAUUUGCAAUCCUGAAGGAAAUGUCGAUUCUGGAAUUGGCGAAGGAUACGCUCAAUUAAAAGAAUCAAGAAAAGUAUUUGGCGAGAAUAUGAAGAAAGCACAACUUCAAUUUGAAGUGAAAAAACCAUCAUUGCCAAUUGAUUUACACGAUGCAAGUGAUACGGCAAAGGCAAUUUUAAAUGAAUUUGAUUCAAAGAAAAAAAUUUUCGACACAAUAACAAUGCUAAUUAAACGAUGUUUGGCUCUUGUUUUUUUGAAAAUUAUUCUUGAUGCACAAAAUUAUCAUGACAAUUAUUUGACAAAUAUUGAAUACGAUAAUUUUUAUAUUACUGGAUAUUUUCGUAAAAUUGAUGCACGACGACGUGUGAGAGAUAGUUCAAUAUUAUUGCCAUUGAAAAAAUAUGAAAGAGAAAAUUUUAUCGAUCCCUAUAAAUUGAGACAAAGUAAAUUUGAGAGAAAAAAUUUAAUAGGACAAACGGCGAAAUUAAUUUUAGAAAUUGCCACUGUUACAACAUUUGUUUUACUUGAUUUAUUAUUUUAUGAAACAUUGGAUAUUAUUAAACGACAUUUUCAUUUGGAAUUUUCUCAGAAAGGACAUCACGAUAUGUCAAUCGAUGUUCGAGGAACGGGUUUAAUUGCAUCUUUGGUACGAAGUGUAAUUCGAGGAUUUAAUAUUAAAAAACGAAUAAAUACAAUUGUGAGUAACGAGGCGUGUCUACCAAAAGCGCAAAAAUUAUCCAAUUAUAUAAUAUUUAAAAUUUAUGGUAGCUAUUUUGGAAUUUGGCUAAUGCUUUUAACUACAGCUUAUACACAAAGAUUAAGACGAGUAAUAUGCUCAUUUUUUUAUCGAAAAAGAGAAAAACGACGUAUUCUCUAUUUAUACAAUGAAUCGACACGUAAACGUUAUGGUUAUAUAAGAUUUAUGAGAAAUAGAGUAAAAAAUCUCGUACGAAUACAAAAUUUUGAAAAAGACAUUAAUCCAUGGUUGGGUUUAAAAAUGAAAUAUCAAAAAUUAUUUGGAUGGCUUCAAUUUUUUGCCUGCGCACGUGAAAAAUGUUUAAUUUGCAAUGAAAUUGAACCAAGAAAAGAGUCAAAAUUUUUGAAAUGUAAUACACCAGGAUGUUUAUUUAUUCAUUGUCAGGAAUGUUGGAUCGAUAUGGGAGAAAUAUGUUUAGCUUGUUCUUAUUCAGAAAGUUCAGAAGAAUUUGACGAUGAAGACAAUGAUGAAAAUGAUAAUUAUGAUGAUGAUGAAUAA